CGUCGUUCUAUCCUCAUCCACCCACCCCAUCAAGAUGCGCCUUCCACUCCUCCUCACCGCUCUAGCGACCUCUGUUCUCGCCACAGAAGUUGGGAUCGAAGUCACAAAUCCUGUGACCUGCGCGCGCAAGACCCAAGCCGGCGAUUCCAUCACGGUCAACUACCGCGGGACCUUGCCCAAUGGAGAGGAAUUCGAUAGCAGCUACAAUCGCGAGCCGUUUCAGUUUAGCCUUGGGAAAGGGGAGGUCAUUCAAGGAUGGGAUCAAGGCCUGCUAGACAUGUGCAUCGGCGAGAAACGCAAACUCACUAUCCCAGGGAGUCUAGCAUACGGCACCAGUAGAGGCAUAGGAUCAUGCAAGACUGACUGCACUCUGCUCUUUGACACGGAACUCAUGGGUAUUAAAGGGGUAACGAAGGAAGAAUCCGUAAAUGAAGAACCAGGGAAAGCGCCAGAUCCAGGGAAGGAUGAAGAGAGGGUCUCGCCGCGCCAGAGUGGACUUGAUCACGUGAUCCUUGGAUUUGCAGGGUUGCUGUUCGUAGUUUCGGGAACACUGAUCUUUAUUCGGGCCAGGAAGGCGAAGCGGGCAGGCAAAGGGAUCUUUGGAGGUGACAGGUAUGCGGUCGUUGGGCAGCGGACGGCUUAGAGUUUGCUGCUGCGAAAUGGGGAAUUUGGGGUGAUGGAAGAGAUCGAAGGAAAUUGUAUUUGUACUGUAAUCUUUUCGCGAGUUUAGCGGAUUUCUAUAACAUUUGUCUCUUAAACUGUUUUUGAUCCUCGUUCGUUUCUCCUUUGCUCCCUCUCUUUUGCUCUAAAGUCAGUAUAAUUCGUGGCAAGGUGCCCACUUAUCCUCUCCGG